CCUUUCUUUUUCACACAAAAAUUUUCCAAAGGUAUCUCAUCCUUUGUGGAACUCCUGUGUAGUGUGUUCACUAUCCCUAAUUUGAGAGAGCAUCAGCACAGCCACCCUUCACAGCUUCACUAAUCUUUUCUGUUCAUCUCUCCACCCUCCUUCCUUUUUCUCGCUGGACUCCAUCUCUCAGCCUUCAUUUCGUGACUCGGCGUCAGUUCUUCCGUUAGAGACAGACAAAUGGCAUCAACGGCGACAACACAGGGACCGGGGCCAGGUGCGAAGAGGCGGGACGGCGGUUCAUCAAUGAGCGAGAGGAAGAGAGAGGAGGAGCAGCUGAUAGUGACGCCGCUGGGAGCGGGGAACGAAGUAGGGCGGUCGUGCGUUUACAUGAGCUACAAAGGAAAGACCAUCCUCUUCGAUUGCGGCAUCCACCCUGCCUACUACGGCAUGGCGGCUCUCCCUUACUUCGACGAGAUCGAUCCCUCAACCGUCGACGUCCUCCUCAUCACUCACUUCCAUCUCGACCACGCCGCUUCCUUGCCUUACUUCCUUCAGAAGACCACCUUCCGCGGCCGCGUCUUCAUGACCUACGCCACCAAAGCUAUCUACAAGCUCCUCCUCUCCGAUUAUGUCAAGGUCAGCAAGGUCUCCGUUGAGGACAUGCUCUACGACGAGCACGAUAUCAACCGCUCCAUGGAUAAAAUCGAGGUUAUUGAUUUCCAUCAAACUAUAGAAGUGAACGGUAUUCGAUUCUGGUGUUAUACUGCAGGCCAUGUACUUGGUGCUGCUAUGUUCAUGGUGGACAUUGCUGGAGUCCGAGUGCUUUACACCGGAGACUAUUCACGGGAGGAAGACCGGCAUCUUCGAGCUGCCGAGACCCCCCAGUUCUCCCCUGAUAUAUGCAUUAUAGAGUCCACAUAUGGUGUGCAGCACCAUCAGCCUCGGCACACACGAGAGAAACGCUUCACCGAUGUUAUCCAUUCCACCAUAUCUCAAGGAGGUCGUGUGUUGAUUCCGGCAUUUGCCCUUGGUCGUGCACAGGAGCUCCUCCUUAUCCUUGAUGAAUAUUGGGCGAAUCACCCGGAGCUCCAGAAUAUACCCAUCUAUUAUGCUUCUCCUCUUGCAAAAAAAUGCCUGACUGUGUAUGAGACAUACACCCUUUCCAUGAAUGAUAGAAUCAAGAAUGCAAAGUCGAAUCCAUUUGCUUUCAAAUACAUAUCGGCUUUGAGCAGCAUUGAAGUCUUCAAAGAUAUAGGACCAUCUGUGGUGAUGGCAAGCCCUAGUGGUCUUCAGAGUGGGUUGUCACGGCAAUUGUUCGAUAUGUGGUGCUCUGAUAAGAAAAAUUCUUGCAUUAUACCGGGGUAUGUGGUUGAAGGGACAUUGGCAAAAACCAUCAUCAGUGAACCCAAAGAGGUCACUCUCAUGAACGGGCUCACUGCACCUCUCAACAUGCAGGUGCACUACAUUUCCUUUUCGGCUCAUGCUGAUUCUGCUCAAACAAGUGCAUUCUUAGAAGAGCUCAAUCCUCCUAACAUAAUUCUUGUUCAUGGGGAAGCUAAUGAGAUGGGAAGGCUCAAACAGAAGCUCAUGAGUCAAUUUGCUGAUCGGAACACUAAGAUUCUUACUCCAAAAAACUGUCAAUCUGUUGAGAUGUAUUUCAAUUCACAGAAAAUGGCAAAAACCAUUGGCAAGCUUGCUGAAAAAACGCCUGAAGCCGGUGAAACUGUUAGUGGUCUGCUAGUGAAAAAAGGCUUUGCAUAUCAGAUAAUGGCACCUGAUGAUCUCCAUGUCUUCUCACAGCUAUCGACAGCAAGCAUUGCUCAGAGGAUCACCAUCCCAUAUUCAGGUAACUUUAGUAUUGUACAGCAUAGACUAAAACAGAUAUAUGAGAGUGUGGAGUCCUCUGUGGAUGAAGAAUCUGGAGUUCCAACAUUGCAAGUCCAUGAGUGCGUGACGGUGAAGCAUGAGUCCGAGAAGCAUGUUUCUCUGCACUGGUCAUCCGAUCCCAUCAGUGACAUGGUAUCAGACUCCAUUGUUGCUCUAAUUUUAAACAUCAGUCGCGAUGCCCCAAAAAUAAUAGACGAUUCAGAUGCCAUAAAAAUUGUAGAAGAGAAUGAGAAGAAAGCAGAGAAGGUUAUGCAUGCACUUCUCGUCUCGCUCUUUGGAGAUGUGAAGAUUGGAGAAAAUGGGAAGUUGGUGAUUAACAUUGAUGGCAAUGUGGCAGAGCUCAAUAAAGAAAGUGGAGAAGUUGAGAGUGAAAAUGAAGGCCUUAAGGAAAGAGUUAAAACCGCAUUUCGGCGUAUUCAAAGUUCUGUGAAGCCGAUUCCACCUUCUGCAGCGUAGUUCAUUCCUCUUAUUGUAGCAUGACUAACAGGAACUUAGACUCACCGUUAUUUGCUGUUAUUUUGCAGAACUGAAGAAUGUCAAAUGUUUAAUCAUUACCUCUAAAUUUAUUUUGUUA